AUGGCUUUCUCCUGGCAGGCAGUGCUGGCCUGCAGGAAAUACCUCAUCACCGUCCUGGUCCCCCUCCUGUUUCUCCCUCUGCCCCUGGCUCUGCCCACCAAGGAGGCACUCUGUGGCUAUGUGAUCAUAGUGAUGGCACUUUUCUGGUGCACAGAAGCUCUGCCUUUGGCUGUCACAGCUCUCCUGCCCGUCCUGCUGUUCCCACUGAUGAAUAUCAUGGAUUCAACAACAGUCUGUCAGGAGUACCUGAAGGACACCAACAUGCUCUUUUUGGGGGGCCUAAUGAUGGCCAUUGCCAUCGAGACCUGGAACCUGCACAAGAGAGUGGCUCUGAGGGUCCUGCUGAUCACUGGUGUCAGGCCAGCCCUACUCCUGAUGGGUUUCAUGGUGGUGACAGCUUUCCUGUCCAUGUGGAUCAGCAACACAGCCACCACUGCCAUGAUGGUGCCCAUAGCACAGGCCGUGAUGGAGCAGCUGCACAAGUCAGAGGCAGAGUCUGGCACCACUGGCCAAGGGUCUGAACACACCAACAAAGCCUUUGAGCUGCAGGAAAAGCCACCUGACAGCUUCAAAGAGACAGAGGAAAAAGGUAAUUCUCAUGUCCUGGUGGUUGAGGAAGAGAGAAAGAGAAAUGAAGAGGUUGAGAAGAAACACUUGAAGCUGUCCAAGGGAAUGUCCCUCUGCAUUUGUUACUCCUCCAGCAUUGGAGGGAUUGCCACUCUGACUGGGACCACCCCAAACCUGGUGCUGCAAGGACAAAUUAAUGACAUCUACCAAGGCAACGGUGGCAUCAUCAACUUUGCCUCCUGGUUCUCCUUCGCCUUCCCCACCAUGGUGGUGCUGCUGAUUUUGGCCUGGAUUUGGCUGCAGAUCCUCUACCUGGGCUUCAAUUUUAAGAAGAAUUUUGGUUGUGGUGUCAGUCCUGCUGCCAAGGCUAAGGAGCAGCAGGCCUAUGAAAUCAUCAAGGAAGAGAGCAAGAAACUGGGCAAAAUGAACUUUGCAGAAAUUGAAGUUUCAAUCCUCUUUGUUCUCCUGGUGGUGUUGUGGUUUACAAGAGAACCUGGGUUCAUCCCAGGCUGGGCAACAGUUCUCUUCAACAAAGACAAUACCAGCUAUGUCACUGAUGCUACAGUCGCCCUCUUCGUCUCAGUUUUGCUCUUCAUCCUCCCUUCUGGCUUUUCCAACCAGGACAGAGACCAGGAGCAAACAGGGAGCAGGGCAAAGUUCCGGGCCCCUCCAGCCCUGCUGGACUGGAAGGUGGUGCAGGAGAAGAUGCCGUGGAACAUCGUGUUCCUGCUGGGAGGUGGCUUUGCCUUGGCCAAAGGCAGCGAGGAAUCUGGCCUGUCUGCCUGGCUGGGCUCCAAGCUGACCCCUCUGCAGAGCAUCCCUCACCCAGCCAUUGCCUUCCUCCUGUGCCUCCUCGUCGCCACCUUCACCGAGUGCACCAGCAACGUGGCCACCACCACCCUCUUCCUCCCCAUUCUGGCUUCCAUGGCUGAAGCAAUUUGCCUCAACCCUCUCUAUGUCAUGCUGCCCUGCACACUCUCUGCAUCGCUGGCCUUCAUGCUGCCCGUGGCAACUCCUCCCAAUGCCAUUGUCUUCUCCUAUGGACAGCUCAGGGUUAUUGAUAUGGCCAAAGCUGGGUUUGUGCUCAACAUUCUGGGAGUUCUGACCAUCACCCUGGCCAUCAACACCUGGGCUUCAUCCUUGUUCCAGCUGCAGACCUUCCCCUCGUGGGCCAACAGGACAGGGACCUGCCUGUGACCUGGGCAGGGGACAGAGCCAGCACUGCUCCUGCCAGGGCUGCAAGGAGAGCAGGGCUUUGGAGAAAAGCCUCUUCUGUGCAAAAGCACCAGCAAAACCUUCCCCGUGGUAAGAGCCCUGAAACUGCCUGGCUGCUGCUGGGUUCUGUCACCCCAGCAGGAGGAGGAGGAGGAGGAGGGGAUUUUUGGCUUUCCAGCCCUCCCACCUUUAGGUUUCCUGCCUCUGCAGGGGUGUUUGCCCCCAGUGCUUCUCCAGUAAGUCUGAAAUCUGCAGCAAGAAAAAAAAAGAGAGAGGUGUGAAUAGGGAAAAGGAAGGAGAGAGACUCUGGGUUCCUGAUUCCCAGAUCUGUGCACAGCUCUCCACCUGGGCAUGUGUAAAUGCUCAAGGUGUACAUGGUUGUUAUUUGCUCUGUGGGCACUGACAGUGAGCUGUGUGUUGUGUGGUCACAGAAAAAUCACUGUCAGCCCCUCCUGUUUUGAAAUCUAUUUAUUUGCAGUCCCCCUGUUAGGAAUGUAAAAGAUUAAUUUUCUCCCAGAACAUGAACCCUGGUGUUAUUUAUGUCAGAUUACAGCCUGCAAGCCUUUCCUUGAAAAGGAGAGAA